UUCAACUGCACACAAAUUAGAACAACCCUGGGAAUCUAUAAAGCUUGUUUUAUUGCCAAGGACAUGCAGCAAGAGCUGCAUUUUGCUGUUGUAAACUAUGCCUUAUUUAAGACGUUUUAAAACAGAAUGGACUUUUAUAUGAUUUUUUUACUGCUGAAUCGUCAACAGGUGGCAUUCAGGGCAGCUUUGCACACCUAAAUACAAGUUUUUACUGGCACGGCAGCUGAAGUUGAUGCAUCCAUUAAGCGUGUGUCCGAGCAAGAACCAGCCUUCUGUUGUCUGGAGGAAAAUCAGCUCUGGAAAAAUGGAAUUAAGGUCCAAGGAUGUUCAUUGAGUAAUAAAAGAAAACAAAUGGAGUUAAGAAUCUACUGCCUCCCAACCUGCAUGAAGAACCACUGUUAAUGAAAAGCUUUUCUUAAAGAGGUCCAAGUACCAUAAUGGUAAAAAGAUCACUACACGAUCUUAAGGCAUGUAGGAACUGCAAAUUCUCUUAUUUGUAAUGUAUAUAGUGUCCUGUAAAAAAAGAAAAAAAUAUAAGAAAUACACUAUUUGUACUAUUAUGUUUCAGUCAACUUUAAGUCUGAUUUGACUUCUAAAGAAUUUUUAUUCCCUACACAAAAGUGUACAUCUUUUUUCAUUCCAACCAAAAUGCUUACUAUGAACUUAGUUAAUAACAAUCAAAAAGAGGAUUUUUUUGGCAUUAUCACCAAGCUGUGAGCACUAAUACUUUUCUGCAGAUAUUUUAAUCAUGGAAACUUAUUCUGCCUCAAUAUCACCUGUUCUAUGUAAUGGCACAACUUUUAACCUAAACGGAUCACAUCUGUGUAAUGAAAGCAUAUCUUCUAGAUUAGCUGAUAAAUCAGAACACCAACAAUAUGUUAUUGGUCUCUUCUUAUCAUGUCUUUACACAAUAUUUCUUUUUCCUAUUGGUUUUGUAGGAAACAUUCUGAUACUGGUUGUCAACAUAAGCUUUCGUGAAAAAAUGACCAUUCCAGACCUAUACUUCAUAAAUCUGGCAGUCGCUGAUCUCAUUUUAGUUGCCGAUUCUCUCAUUGAGGUUUUUAAUCUUGAUGAAAAGUAUUAUGAUAUCACUAUUAUUUGUACCUUUAUGUCUUUGUUCCUUCAGAUCAACAUGUAUAGCAGUAUUUUCUUUCUGACGUGGAUGAGUUUUGACAGAUACAUAGCACUGGCGAAAGUAAUGAGGUCCAACAUAUUUCGCACUAUGCAACACGCUAGAUUAAGCUGUGGUCUCAUAUGGAUGGCGUCUAUCUCUGCAGCACUAGUUCCAUUUACAGCCGUGCAUUUACAACACACCGGAGAGGUCUAUUUUUGUUUUGCAGAUGUAAAAGAAAUCCAGUGGCUAGAAAUAACCUUGGGGUUUAUUAUCCCCUUCGUGAUCAUCGGUCUUUGUUACUCAUUAAUUGUUCGAGUUCUUAUAAAAGCACACAAGCAUAGGAGUCUUCGCCUGCGGCGACAAAAGGCUCUUCGAAUGAUUUUUGUUGUUGUCUUGGUUUUCUUUAUCUGCUGGCUACCUGAAAAUGUCUUCAUUAGCGUUCAACUUCUUCAAAAGAAAAGCGAGUCUGUCUCUUCAAGCAGCCCAUCCUUCAGACACGAUUAUCCUUUAACAGGACACAUUGUGAACCUAGCAGCUUUUUCCAAUAGCUGUUUGAACCCCUUAAUUUACAGUUUUCUAGGGGAAACCUUCCGAGACAAACUGAGACUGUAUAUUGAACAGAAAACAAAAAUGUCAACACUGCAUCGCUUUUGUCAGGCUGCCUUAACGUCUGUCAUUCCUGACAGUAAUGAGCAAUCAGAAGUCUGAUUUAGUAGUAGUUGUAUAAAACAUAUGACUGUGAAGUUGUGUAAAUAGUGAACAAAAUGCUUGCUACUAACAGAAAAAAAAGUAUAUUUGUGUGUGUAUAUAUAUAUUGUAUUGCUCUACUGAGUAUAUUCAAAAUGUUUUUAUGACAAGACUUUAAUGUAGAAGAAUAUGUUUUAGUCAGAUUUAUAUUUAAUUAUGAACAGGAUUAUUAAAAGCUGAGCACUGAGGAGCUUUACUUUGUAUGAUACAUGUAAGAAUGACAAAAGAGAAGAAAAUUUUAUCAAGUUAAGAAGACUCUAGAUGUAACCUAAUUAUCAGAGAUGCUACUUUGCUGGUGUAUAUGAGGCAAUUCCACUGAAAUAAUGAAUCUGCUGUAACAGUGAGGAAAAAUCAUUACAACAUAUUGAUGUGGAUAUGCAGAAAAUAUUGAUUUUUUUCAUCCAAAUAUGUUAAGAUAAAUGACCUUGCUUAGAAGAACUACAUAGUACUAUUGUUACUGUAUUCUAGCAUGUCUUCCACGAUUAACUUUUUUUAAAUCUUAAUAUAAUCUAGCACAGCGGUGACUUUUUGUCUCAUAAAUGUAAUCUACUGUCUACAUCAGUACUUGAUCAAAACUGAAAUAAUCUGUAACUAUAUUGCUCAUCUCAAAAAAACGACACAGAAGCAAAGCGUAAUGCUUCAUUCUGUCUUUUAAGGAUUGCCCAAGACAAUCUUUCCCAGGAGAGAUACAAUUGGGUCUUUUCUCAAAGCCGCCAGCGCGCACACAUACAUUCAUAUCUGCCCUCAGAUUGAAAUGCAAGUUGCACAAGAACUCUCGAUGUUUAUCAGGCCCAUUCCGAUUGCCAGAACAAAAUGCUGUGGCUUUUUUAAAGUCAUAUUCUGCCAAAGAGUAUAAAAAUUGCUUAUGAAAAAGACAGAAGCCUCAGUUUUUAGAAAGGAAGAAUUGAUGGAAUGGGGAGCACGUUCAGCACUUUGUGUGCUGCCCAUCCCACCUCCAGAAACUGGGGCUUUUCAGGAUUUUGAGGCACAUGUUGGUUGCUUUGUUCAUUUGAAGAUUAAUUAUGCUAAGAAAAAACCCCAAAUGUUAGCACCAGGUACUUGAAAACAAUAGUUUUUAAUUUCUGCUGGAAAAUAAUUGGAUUUUAAAUCUGAUUGAUGUUUAGCACAGGGUACUGCUGGACUUGUUUAGAGGAAGAUUUAUAGGUCCUAGAGAUUAGUGUGCAAGAUCAUUAAAACAUCACUUGAUGCAUCUCUGAAGCGAACAAACUAAUUUCACCUCAGUGCUCAUUGACUUAAGCACCAGAAUGCUACAGAGUAAGAUGCUUUGUCCUAUUUUCAAAUGUCAUCUAUGAAUUAAUUAGCACACGAGUGGAUUUUAAAGGCUUUUUAAACUUAAGACACUUGAAACAAUGACUGAAGUUACUAAGCAAUAAAGAAAACAGUGAAAACAAUAAUUCCAGUCAUAUUUCUCACGAAAUACUUAGAGUUUCCUAGUGGAAGCUUUGGCCACAAAAGGCUUGACCUAUAAACAGAAAGGCCACAAGACGAUGGCUGAAUUUGAAAUAGAUAGCUGGAUAUUCCUCCAACUGAAACAGGAACUGCAGGGUGGAGCUUUAGCAGCUGCUGACUCUUUAACUGCUAAUCACAGUCUAAGGAAAAAUGUCAUUUAGUCACAUCUUGCCCGCAGAACACCAAAUAUAUCUUCUCUCAAGAAGGAAGUGAGCAUUGCUGUUGCCUUCUUUGCAGGAGAGUUGCUAAACAACACUUAGCAAGAAAACUCACACCAUUGUGCUACAUCAUUCAUAGCCCUUUUUCCUCAUCAUUUCCACUUUUGUAGUUGGCCACGAUUACUCGUAUCCUAUCGACUGCCAAUGUACAUGAAUCACACCUUGAAAGACAGCUAUUUCAGACAGCACAGAACCGAAGGAAUGGGUAAUUCUCUUACCCGAAGGAAUGGGUAAUUCUCUUAGCAAUGCAAUUCUAAAGUAAGACACAUCUUCUGAGAUUACAGCUACAUUAGGUUUGUGUAAUCUCAACACCUGCUAUGAAUAAAUAACUUAUUUGGGGUUACAGGAAUACAUUUUCCCAGCUGUAGUUGUUGCUUAAUGUGGCUUUAUAGGAAUAAACUCCUUUAUCCUCCUCCUCACUUCCAAUAUAGGAAUCUGGGGUUUGGUCAAGGCUAUGGUAGAAGCCCUUUCUUCACCACUGUACAUAAAUCGAGGAAGUGUCUUUGCUCAGAAGCUUCUAAUAAUAAACUGACAGUAAUAGCAAACGUCUGCUCAUACAUACUACGAAACAGUUUGUUUCUUCAUCAUCAUAUUGAGUAACGUCCCGGCAUCACAUCUAGGAAGGAUCAUAUUACUAUAGUAUGAAGAAAACAGUAUUUACUCAACCUGAAACAACCUAUAGCAUGUUUAAAACCAAAUACCAAAUCUGAACAACCCGAUGACUCUCCUACUGUUGUCAUUUUGGCACAAGCUUAUGAACUGUGCCCAAAAUGACUUCAGUUAAAGGAUGUGGUAUGUUUAAAUUUAAGUACUCUCCCAGGUAGAAAAUGGCACACUGAUUCCCAGAUUUUUUUUUUUUUAUUUGAACACUAACUAUGUACAAAGGAAUAUUUACAGAAAUGCUGUGUUUAUACGUGUUUAUAUGCUCAGCAUGCUUCCUGCAGCCCAUCAUCUUGCAAUAACUGCUUACCAUGGCUUAUUCAUGAACCAAAAAGACCUGUGCUUUAUGUAGUUUUCUUUAAAAUUAAAGAGCACAAUUUUCAGUAAGCAAACCCUUUUCUGGAAUGUAGGGGACAUGAGCCGAAGAAUUCUGAUACAACUUUUUCACUUAACUUUUCUCUCUGGUCUCUGACAAAUUGUUUAAUUUAAGUAAAGGAUUCUGUAUGCUUUUCUAAAAAGCUAGACUGAUCACAGCUAUGAGGUUUAAAGCCCCGUUUACCACAGAUGCUUACAAUCUUUGCUAUAACAGCCUAUAUCACGUCUCCAGACAAGAAGAGUAUUAGGAAAAGCACACUGGGAAAUAAAAACUAAAAAAUCAAAAAAAAAAAAAACCUGAUACCAUUAACUGCUUUUGAAAUAUCUUAACACAGAAAUAUCCUGAAUGCAUCGAUUGUUACUGAAUAUCUAGAAAGAAAAUAAAACCUAACAGCACGACCUAGCACCAGUCUGAACCUGAUGUGACUGAAAGCACUUCUUCCCUCAGCCGUGUAAAAAGAUACCAGAAAAAAGUUAUCCGAGACCAUUUUGACUUAAGAGAUGGUGUAACUUUCCAUACAAUAAAUACUGUCUGUGGAGGCACAACACAUCCACAUCUAGAAAAAAAAAGUCAGUCUGAAGAUGAAGUUUGAUUAAUUUAUGAAAAGCUUUACAUGCUCUAAGGGCAUGUGACAGGGAAUUUGAAUCAACGAGUCAGGUGAUCCCUGAUUCUGUGUAAGACUGACAUAAUACAGGCAAAAUGCAAGAAAAGUCACCCCGCCCUUCCCCUUUCGGCUCCACAAAAAUUCAGAACAUUAGCAUUCCGAAUAGGCAAUCCACUAAUUCCAAAAGAAACGCACUCUAUAAAAUAAGUUUAAAAAAAAAAUCAGAAUUCUUAAAAUGUGGUUUCCUUCAAUAUUGUUUUUAUCACAUGAAAAAAUUGCAGCUCAUCUUAGAUUUCCUAGUGCAAUCUGGAAUUUAUAUUACUAAUUGAAAAGGGCUCAUCUGGCAUAGAAAAUCCAUUCUACUAAACUUACAAAGAGGCAGGCUUUCAAGAAAAAAAAACUGAGCAAAAAGUUUUAACAAGAAAAUGCUUUUAGAAUUUCAGACUAAGUACCUGUGUUUUAAACAGAAUUCACAGGCUGUGCAGUGCAGGCUUUAAUCUUUUUUCCAGCCAUCAAGUUAUGUUAGAAGCUAACUGAAUUUUUCCCCAUGUAGGGAUUUGGCUGUAUUCUGUCAGCUGUUUAAUAAGAUUGCAUACGGGAAAAGGUUGUCCAGACAAUUUUAAAUGGUUAGGAUUGUCACAUAAAAAUUUGUUAAAAAGUGGUUUACCUUAAGUAAAAGAAUGUCAAGUUCAACCCUGAUUAUCAUUUAAUUCCAUUUGAACUUGUUUCUGCCUAAGUAGGAAAAACAAGCCAGUGUAUGAAGAAAGCAGGUUUGAAUUUUAAUAGCUAUUCAUGAAGGUGAACCAAUGAAUUAAUUUGAUUUUGAUUGAAAUACCAAAGAUAAGGAUCUGAUUUUAAUUUAAGGGAGAGCAUCCUUCCAUUCCACUCUAAAAGUCUUACUUUACCCAUUCAGACCACCAGACAAAUAUCUAAAACUUUCAUCAGAGAGGAGCAUAGGGCCAAAUUAAUUGUUUGUUUCAAUCAAUUGAAUUUGCGGUCGAUCUUUGCAAUAGACGUUUAUGCUUACAUAACCAAUUCCAUCUACAGCAGUCAAUCGGUACACAGUUAGACCUACCCGUUCCUCAUUCAGAGACUGUUGACAUUAAGAAAUUAUUAUUAUUUUUAUGUUCUGUUUAAUAAAUAUCACCAAUAAACCAUUUCCACUUUGGAACAGCACUCCGUCUUUUUUACGUUACAUCAGCAACAGCAGAUUAUAGAGAGUAAGUAAUUUGUAAGACAUACAUACAGACCAUCUUUUCUGUAUACUUUUGAGCUCUGCUGUUGGGAGGUACAUUGCAGUACAUGCCCUGUGCUGUGUUUUAAAGAGAGGCACAUUGGAUUUGAAAAUCUGAAUUCCCUCAACAUUUAUAAUUUGUCUUCAGCCGUAUUGUCCAAACUAUUUAUUCCAUACUGACAUGAUACACCGAACUUUAAGCCCUUGGCUUCUGACUUCCUUUUAGACUUCUAUUCCAUCACAUAGCAGCAUGACAUAGCCAGAAGCUAAGAAUAAACAGCUGCACACUGUGCCAGCCACCCAAGAUGACAACAAAACAGAAAUGCCUUCUCAGGACUCGAGACAGUGCAUGAUAAGCUCAUUACUUUCAAUUCAGAUGCUACUUCCGUUACUUUACAUACGUCCAGCGAAUUCCACCACAAAACGUAAAGAUGAUAGUUUGAGUCUCGGAGUAACCGGUGUGUUUAGAAUGGCUUUUGAAGUUUUUCAACCCUGAUGAUAAAACCAU